AUGUCAAGUUCUACGCUCUCGCACUUGGCUGUACCUCGCUGGCGUGUGCCUCAAGUAUUUGGCUCUGUGCGGAACAAUUCAACUAGCCAUCAAGCUCGUCAAAAACAUCUCAAUAUCAUCCGCCGCCUGCAGAGGCAAGAGCGAAUCACUGCCGCCACUCUGGACGCUGACAUAGACGAUUUUCUACAACGAUUUGACCAUUUCUACAAAUCAAAGUCUGCCAACGAUGAGGCCGUCAAGACUGCUCUACGACAAAACAAGUAUAUUUCUACAGAACGAUUGAACCACGACAACUAUAUAUCCAUUUUCAGUCAAGAAAUCGUCGAGCACUUCAAUGACAUGAAGAAGCACCUCAAGGAUCUCAAGGAAGAGCCCUUUCCAGACUGGCAGCCUGGCGACUCAGAUGUUGUUCUUCGUCAACUAGACGAUCCAAAUCUGAAGCCCGAAGAUCUGGAGACCGAGCUGAAAACCAGAGAAAAGGAUGUCAUACGUCUUCUUGACAAAGCCGAUGAACACCAUGCAGCACUGGUGAAAGCUAGAGAAACCUUGCGUGAGAAAGGUGUCGUUGCCGCUGAAGCCGUCGCGGAUAACUACAUUAACGCACAUAUAUCCGACUAUGCAAACAUCGAUGUCCCUCUUGAUCCCGUCGAUCUUGAUACUAUCGACGAAGAUUCCACAGCCAUUCUUGCUUCUGUGAGGAGAGACGCUCCCUGA